AUGGUUAAAUUUUUAUUGAAAGCAUCAGCUGAACUAUCUAAUGUCACUGGUUUGGAACCUUCUGACACUCCAGAACAUCCUUAUGAAUAUACAUUUCAAAUAGAAUGCACAAAAUGCCGUACCACCCAUGAUAAAGACAUUCAGAUAAAUCAAUACGAAAAGCAUGAAAUCAGUGGUAGCAGAGGAGAAGCCAGUUUUGUAUUCAGAUGUAAAGAAUGUAAACAUGAACAUUCAGCAAGUAUAUUGAGAACAAAUGAGAAAUUAUCAACUACUGAAGAUAGUGUUAAUGAUAAAGCGUCAGCCACAAUACUUGAAAUUGAUGCUAGAGGAAUAGAUUUUUUGAAAUUUAUUCCAAUUGGAGAGUUCCUGGCUGUUGGAUCAGAAACUAAUACUAAGUUCGCAGAUAUUGAUUUAUCUGAAGGUGAAUGGUAUGACGUUGAUGAAAAAUCAAAUGAUGAGGUAUCUAUAGUAGAUGUGAGUUGGGAAAUAUCACGUUCAUAG